AGGACAAGACAGCGCGUUCACCAGGAACUCUGCCGCUAUCCUUCUUUUUUUUUUUUUUUUUUUUUUCUUUCCCCCUCCCGUUCACCUUUCCAGCCAGUCACAUUUUUGACUCAACUCUUUUUUUUUUUUUUGGAACUAAAUCUUCCUGCUUUUUUAGGCUCCCGGCAAUUGCGAAAAGAAAAAUGAGGACCGAGCUGUGUGGACUGGCUGCACAGUUCCUUUUCCUAGGAGUGUCGUUGUCUGUGGUGGACAGUAAAGGGACCUUUUAUGGGGGCCACAUCAACCCUUUCUAUGGAAACAGAUACAAUCUGUACAAGGCUGGAGUCCACCCCCACUACACACCAAACAAGCCCAUGACGCGCCACAAAAACCACUGUGCAUAUGUGGUCCAGAGGAACGUCACGUGCGUUAUGCAGGAUGGAGUGACUACCUAUGUGAAGGCGGAGUACACCACCAAGUGCAUCUGGGGUCAGAAGUGCCCUGUUGUCAUGUACAGGACCUUCUUCAAGCCCAAGUACAAGACGGGCUAUAAGACGGUGACUGAACUGGAGUGGCGAUGUUGUCCCGGCUUCUCGGGGGAGAAGUGUUUUGAGGGGCCAACCUCCACCCCUGACGUCAUGAUGCCCCCCUUCAAAGGAGCCGCCCUGCCCCACCGCCCAGGUGUGAAGGGCUUCCCCCAUGGACCAAAGCCCCCCGUGGACCACAGGCCUGGGGCAGGACAUCUGGAACCGGGCAAACUCUUUCCCAGCCUGCCUGACCACAGACCCAUUCCUACAGGACAACUGCCCGCUGGAAGCGGCAAACCAAACUAUGGCAAUAAAUUUGGGGUUUCAGGAGUGACUGGCGAGCGUCUGGACCGUAUGGAGGAAGAUCUGCGUCGCCUCACCCAGGGUCUGGACACUCUCAGCGGGGUGGUGGUUAGUCUGGAGGAGCGCUUGCGCACGUCCCUGCGGGAGGAUACGACCAAGAUUCUGGGCACCCUUCUCACCAGUGUCCCCCGUCUGUCGGACUCCUCCGUGGGCUUUGGGGUGAUCCCCGAUGGGACGCCCGACGGGCUGGAAGGCGAAGGCUUUACUGGCUUUGGAGACCUAGCAGGCAGGGUGACUGAGGUGAAGGAUGAUUUGCAGGCCAAGACCCACAUCUUAGAGGAGAUUCAGGGAAUGGUUCUUGGUCAUGACGGCCAACUAAAGAGGCUGAUUGAAGCAGCCAGCGGCAGGCCCAUCCCAGACUCGGGCUCGCCUACUCUACUGGAGGAGCUCCUGGACGCUAAGCUGGCCGGGGUUCGGGCUGAGAUACUGGACGGAUUUGAGCGCCGCCUGACAGGUCUGGAGACCCACUGCGAUGAGAGGAUCAGAGAAGUGCAGAGGCAGUGCCACACUGAGAACAUGGAUGGCCAAGAGCAGAUGCAGCAGUCUCUGGAUGGAAGGGAGACCGGUCUCAGGGAGGAGCUCGGCACUCUGCAGGCUCAAAUCCAGGGCCUCACGCUCACUGAAAGCUGCUGCGGACAGGUGAACAGCCUGUCCCAGCGGGUGUUGCUGCUGGAGGAAUCAUUCAAGGGUCUGACAGAGUCUCAGAGACAACUUCAGACAGCCCUCACUGACCAUACCAUCCACGUGGAGACCUUGGUUGAGGCCCGACUAGUAGACAUGGAAGGGCGUCUCAAUGUCACUGAUGGUGGGCUGGAAGGAGGUGUGGGUCUCGCUGGAGGUCUGGACGGCUUCAAGACCAUGCUGGAGGACAAGCUGAAAACCCUUGAGGAGAAAGUGUUUGUCGCUGUAGAGGAGCUAAGCAAUGCCACUGCUCCGGCUCUCCUGGAGGGCCAGGUAGUCCCAGCCCUAGAGACAGAGAUAGAGUCGGUGAGGAGGAGGGUGGAGGGAGACCUGGAUGGCAUCCAGAAGCAAUUAAAUGACCUGGAGCUCCUUUGCACCUCCUCCUGCUCACCCGCAACACCGCCAGCAGGGAGCAUAGGUAUAGCAGAGGUGGAGGAGGAGUGUGAGGAGGUCGAGAAGAAAAUGACCGACCGCUUGGACUCCCACGCUGACCAGCUGAACCGUCUGAACAGAACGCUGCAGAACCUGCUGUACCGAAUCAACCAGGAGGACACGGAGGGCUCGGUCCAAGGAGAAAUCACGCUGCUCAAGGUCAACAUCAACUCUGUCAAUCGCACCUUGAAGGGCCUGAGGGACUCCGUUAGCUUCAUUGCUAAGGAAGUAGGCCAUGCUAACACCACCUGGGAGCAGAGGGAAAACCAGUUAGCUAGCCAGGUGCAGGGUAUUACCAAGCUAGUGGGCCACCAAGCUUCGCUCCUGGGGGCCGGGGAGAGGCGACUUGCCCAACUGAAGGGGGAGUUAGUGGCCCUGAAGAGAAGGCUGGCCGGGGAGCUGCACGGCUGCCGCAGCACGGCACUUGGGGUACAGAAAGAGGUGAAGGAGGUGGAUACCAGAGUGAGCCAGGUGGAAGGUCAGUGCAGCAGCCUGGGGGAGCUGGCAGAGCACCUGGAGAGGAUCAGGGCAGAACUGGAGAGACACUCAGACUCUUACCUGGCCCAGGUGAGCGGCACUCUGGCCAACCACUCAGAGCAGCUUGCUGAACUGAAGGGGGAAAUCAAAGACUGCGUGGCCAAGGGCGCAGACCACCAGAAUGGAGACCAGUAG